UCGUUCUACUAUCGAUCACGAAAUGUUCACUUGGCUGGUGACAGUCGCGAACAUUGUGUGAUUAUUGAAUCCAAGACAUGUCACCGUGUAGACAAAAGGCCGACCUCUCCACAAUACACCUUUCAUGUCUUAAAGAGGGCCACUGGGAACAAAGACAAGUUUCCAAAUCUAACAAUAGUACUCUUCCACCAAAUUCUUUAUCCGUUUGUGUAUCUCGUAUAUAUACAAAGGUCGCCUUGUCUCUGUCGCCUACUCCAGCUCCGCACACCCCGAAAAAUCUACCCACAUACCUGGUUUUUGCAACCAUCAAUCAUUCACAAACACCAAUUGUCACCUGAGAUCAUCAUUUGCAAAAUCUCAUCAACUCAAAUCUCAAAAAGCAAAAAAGCACAGAGGCAUAUGCAGGACAACCACCAUAGCUACAACUCUGGCUUGCAAGGCCUUGAAAAUAGAACUGAGGAAAUGCCGCUUGCGCAGCGAAACCCAGCGCUCGCGGAGAAGAUUGAACAGAUGCGCCUCACCAUUGCACCCAUCGUCCAUGUUUGCACGGGCAAUCCUCCCGAUGCCUUCCCAACAUCCAUGCUCCAGCUCUUUCUCCUGACAGAACCUCAGCUAGAUGCCAUGGCCCACUACUAUUCUCAAGCGUCUCCCUCACCAGGCGACAAUGCACCAAAUCUCAAGCACGCGUAUCCCCAAACAAUGGACUGGACUAAACCGUUCCUCCAAAACGAUCCUAGCCUGCCGGACAGUUGCAAGCUCACUGAUGUGGAGCGGCUGAGGGUCAAGAUGCGCAUGUUCGCCCGCUUCAUUGGUAUGCGCGGUGCUGAGACACCUCGCUGGGAGUACGAGAGACAGGUUGAGAUUCUUAGAAACAAAAUUCAACGCAGCGUGCGAGAUGAGGAGGUUGCCCUGAACAAAUUCUAUAGGGGGCCUGACCCACGCAUGUCAUAG